CCCGGCUCGUGCGUAUAAAAAAGCCAGCCGUCCCUCUUGUGAGUCAGAGAGAGCAGCUGAGGGAGGGAGCAGAGGACCCUGAAGCACUGCGGGAAGCACUGGAAACACCGUGAACUUUUCGAUGCUACAACUUUUAAAAGAAACCUGUGAUUAUUCAGGACACAACACAGGAACAACUCAAGGAUUAUUCAUCGGAAGUCUUUGGCUGUGACCUCGUCACACCUGUGCGGCGCGGGCAAACAACUCAGACCUACGCUGCCAGGUCAGAAGCAAGGCCCUGUGUGUAGAUGUAUGUGAGUGUGCGAAUAUGUGUGUGUGAGUGCCUUUAAGUGUGAUCCUGAGAUUGACUGUGCCUUUGAGUGAGAGAACAUCGUGCUGUGCGAAUGCGAAGAUGAGGGCCGUCGCUCUGAUGUGUCUUCUGGUCGUAGCUGAGAUCGAAGCGUCCCGGUUCGCUCGGGACUCCCAGAGCAGCCUCGAGGCUUCAGAACCCUCCAAGAACAACGCCUCCGUCCCAAUACCCCCCCUUCAGCCAUCCCGGCCAAGGGGGUCCUUCCCUCCCAUGUGCAUAAAGCCCACGGAGAUCAAGCACGCCUUCAAGUAUGUGAACACCAUCGUGUCCUGCCUGAUCUUUGUGGUGGGGAUCAUCGGAAACUCCUCGCUGCUCAGGAUCAUAUAUAAGAACAAGUGCAUGAGGAACGGACCAAAUGUCCUGAUUGGCAGCCUGGCUCUCGGGGAUCUGCUUUACAUUAUCAUCGCCAUCCCCAUCAAUGUGUUUAAGCUCAUAGCAGAGGACUGGCCCUUUGGCGUGUAUAUCUGCAAGUUGUUCCCGUUCAUCCAGAAAGCUUCAGUUGGAAUCACUGUCCUCAGCUUGUGCGCUCUCAGUAUUGACCGUUACCAUGCAGUAACAUCAUGGAGCAGGGUGAAGGGCAUGGGGAUCCCUCUGUGGAAGGCAGCGGAGGUGACUCUGAUCUGGCUGGUUGCUGUGGCGCUGGCUGUCCCUGAGGCGCUGGCAUUCGACAUGCUGGAGCUACCAUACAGAGGCAACAAGCUGCGUGUGUGUAUGCUGCCUCCAGAACAGACCUCCAGCUUUAUGAAGUUCUACCAGGACGCGAAAGACUGGUGGCUGUUUGGCUUCUACUUCUGCCUCCCACUAGCCUGCACAGGGAUCUUCUACACACUCAUGUCCUGUGAGAUGCUCAGCCGCAAAAAGGGCAUGCGCAUCGCACUCAAUGACCACAUGAAGCAGCGGAGGGAAGUAGCGAAGACGGUGUUCUGCCUGGUGUUGAUUUUUGCUCUCUGCUGGCUGCCCCUUCAUCUCAGCCGAAUUCUGAAAAAAACAAUCUAUGACGAAAAUGACCCCAACCGCUGUGAACUGCUCAGCUUCCUGUUAGUGAUGGAUUACAUCGGCAUCAACAUGGCCUCCCUCAACUCCUGCAUUAACCCGAUUGCCCUCUACUUUGUCAGCCAGAAGUUUAAAAACUGCUUCCAGUCUUGCCUGUGCUGCUGGUGCUACAGAGCAUCUCCCCUUGAUGGACCGGGGUCAGGGGCACGCUGGAAGGGCUCCUGUAACGGGAACGGACUAGACCGCUCCAGCUCCCGCUCCAGUCAGAAAUACACAAGCUCUUCAUAAAAACACAGACGCAUAUAUAACACUCAUAUUCUGCCCAAAACCUAAAAACUGUUCUUAGCAGUUUCUGACAUGGGAAAUCAGCUGUAUCACUGCCUAACAGAUCCUGAAGACGAGGGGAACAUGGAGCGACGUACUGUAGAAGUCACUUAUCGAGG